CCGUGAUAUUCAAUAUUAUUUAUUGGAAGCGAAAGAAAGAUAGUAUAGGUUUCAUAUUCAAAAAUGCAAAAGUUUGUUACUACGAAUAUUAAUUGACUAUCAAUUUAUAGCACGUUUAAAAAAUAACUUGAUUCUGACUGAUUUUGAGUUGGCUUCUAUUGGUUCAGUCAAAUUAUCGAAAAAUGCAACUACCUGCAUAUUGCCACAGCCCCUUCGAAUUUUUCGUUUCAAUCUUUCCUUUAAAGCAUUGAACAUCUUUUCGUUUGUUAAAACAAAAGCAUUAAAAUUUGAAGACUACAGGAUUAAAUUAGCAAUAUCUCUUGUGGUUCAAGAAUAUAAAUGCAGCUACCGGAAUGGACCAUCGUAAUAUACGAUCUUCUACUUUUUACGGGGAUGGCGAUUAUUUACAUAAGCGAAGCUAUUAUUUUGACGUUUAUUCCGCGACGUUAUCGCGUGAAGUCUGUGAAAGGUGAGAUCGCCCUAAUAACGGGAGGUGCGGGAGGAAUUGGACGAUUGAUUGCAAUUAAACUGGCAAAUCUUGGAGCACACGUUGUUAUCUGGGAUAUUAAUAAAACUGGACUUAAGGAUACAGUCCAAGAGAUUAGACGCAGUGGAGGAAAAUGUUGGGGUUACUAUUGCGACAUCACCAGUAGGGAAGAAGUUUACAGAAUGGCAAAGAUAGUGCAGAUCGAAGUUGGCUCGGUAACAUUAUUAAUAAAUAAUGCAGGUUACGUAUAUGGAAAAACGCUUUGGGAAUUACCAGAUGACGAGAUUAUACGUACUUACAAAGUGAACAUUCUAUCCCACUAUUGGAUUACCAAAGCAUUCAUGAGGGAUAUGAUGAAAAAUAAUCACGGUCAUAUUGUAACUGUAGCAAGCGUGGCAGGACUUCUAGGGACCUAUAAUUGUACUGAUUAUUCGGCGACUAAAUUUGCGGCUAUCGGUUACCAUGAGAGUCUCUUCACUGAACUAAAAGCUCACGAGUACGACGGAAUUCACACCACUUUAGUUUGCCCCUAUUUUAUAAAUACGGGUAUGUUUCACGGGGUAAAGCCAAGACUGAUGCCAAUGUUAGAACCUGAGUAUGUUGCGCAAGAAGUUGUAUCUGGAAUAUUAUUAAAUCAAGUAAUCAUUGUAUUACCUGGAUCAGUUAGAUACCUCCUGCCACUGAAAUGCUUAUUGCCAGCAAAAUUAUGCUGGGCAUUAAUGUAUCAUAUCAUACAAGGACCACAGUCUAUGAUGAUGUUCAAAGGAAGGGGGGAAAUACAAGCAUUGAAGAAUAACAAUAACGUUGCGAUAAUGCUCAAAGAAACUGUACAUUAAUAUAUAGAAAUUCAACCGUAUUUGUGUUAAGUAGAGAUUAGCAUGACAUGAAUUUCAUUCAUUAAUACCAAGUCUGAAUAUUUAUUUGUAAAUUAUUUUCGGUGACUUUCUUUAGUUUUUAAAUGUCACGUAUAUUUAUAAUAUAAUGUAAAACAAGUUCACAAUAAAUCGUAAAAAUAAU